GCAUCUCUUCCUACGUAUUCGACUUCCGUUUUCUCUUAAAAGUUCCACCAACCUUUUCGUUGUCGAUCUCUCCUUGUACCCAUAUCUUUCUUUGAUUAUAAUAAUCCCACAAAACUUAUAAUAACAUUAAAUUGGGGAUUGUUCUAAAUUAUAUAGAUAAAAAAUUACACAUAUGUCGCUGUUUACAUUACGUUUUCGGUAUUUUUUUCGAUGCGGGUUUAGGCCUUAGGGGUUUAUGAAAAGGGUAUUUGAAGAAAGCGAGUGAAGUGAGGGAAAGAAGAAAACGCUCUGUACUUCGCUGAAGAAACUCUUCAAUUAAUGGCUACCAAAGGAAGACUGGUAGCCGGUUCGCACCACAGGAACCUGAUUAACGCGGACGAAGUUGGAAGAGUAACCUCUGUAAAAGAAUUAAGUGGACCUUGCUAUGAAUACGAAAGAAGAGAAGGCAAUCAAGCUUGCCCUCAAUGCAAAACCAGAUACAAACGAAUAAAAGGGAGUCCAAGAGUGAAAGGUGAUGAAGAAGAAGAUGAAUUUGAUGAUCUGGAUAAUGAAUUUGAUGUUAGGAACUGUGAGGCUGUGUUUUCAUCACGCCUUAAUACCAGUCCUGAAUCAGCCAAUAUUUACGGUUUUGCCACUUCAUCAGAGAUGGAUGAAGCCACACUAAACCCAGAUAUCCCGCUUCUUACAUACAGUCAAGAGGAUGAUGAAGUUUCACCUGAGAAAAAAGCUACUAUUAUCCCACCAAUCAUGAGUCGUUCAAAGCGAAUUCAUCCUAUCCAGUUUUCCGAUACUGGUUCGGUUGUCUCUUUGCCACCUAGACCAAUGGAUCCUAAGAGAGAUAUAGUAGUUUAUGGAUAUGGAACGGUUGCAUGGAAGGAUAGAAUGGAAGCAUGGAGGAGAAGACAAUCUGAUAAACAUGAGAUAGUUAAGCACAAUGUGAAUAGUGGAUGUGAGGUUGAUGGAGAUAUGGAUGAUUGCGAUUUACCCAAGAUGGAUGAGGGGAGGCAACCACUAUCAAGAAAGCUACUGAUUUCUUCAAGCAAGAUAAAUCCAUACAGAAUGUUGGACCGAUUGUCAUUAAGGUAUGAGAAAGAUGGGAAGGCUUCUGAGCUUGCUCCUAUAGAUGUUUAUGUGAGUACGGUUGACCCGUUAAAAGAACCGCCACUCAUUACCGCAAACACGGUGUUAUCGAUUCUUGCGGUGGAUUAUCCGGUGGACAAGGUGGCUUGUUAUGUAUCCGAUGAUGGUGCCGCCAUGCUUACAUUCAAAGCACUCUCGGAAACAUCCGAGUUUGCAAGGAAGUGGGUCCCGUUUUGCAAGAAGUUUAACAUAGAGCCACGAGCUCCCGAGUGGUAUUUUGCUGAAAAAGUUGAUUAUCUUAAAGAUAAAGUACAUCCUGCUUUUGUGUGA